UGAAGAGUCGGCACAGAUCACAUAGCAAAACCAAUCAACCGGCAAAGUAUCAAAUUCUCAACCCCCCACAGUCAACAAUGUAUAACCAAACACCACCGUCCACCACCGCCGUCUCCGCCACCUCCGCCAUCACAAGGCUACUCUCCACCCCAUUUAUCUUCGUCACCACCACCUUUUUCUCUCUCCUCCUAAUCGUCUCCCUCUUCACUCUCCCCUCUACUCCACCGCCGACCCAACCCGACCCCUCUCUCUUCCCCAACCACCCUUCACAUCCCCACCGCGUUCUCAUCCACGGCGACCUUUCUUCCCCUCCGCCUCGCCCCCCAUCCAUCGCCUACUACAUUUCCGGAUCCGCCGGAGACUCCGGUCGGAUCGUCCGCCUCCUCUUCGCCGUCUACCACCCCCGCAAUCACUAUCUCCUCCACCUCGACCGCUCCGCUCCCAAGUCCGACCGCGACUUGUUGGCUCUCUCCGUCAACACUGUGCCCCUCUUCAGGGCUGCCCGUAAUGUUCACGUCAUGGGCAACGCCGAUUUCGUCUACUCCAAAGGCUCCUCUUCCAUGUCUUCCACGCUCCAUGGCGCAUCGAUUCUUCUCCGCAUUUCCAGCAAUUGGGAUUGGUUCAUCAAUCUGUCUAGUGCUGAUUACCCACUCGUAACUCAAGAUGAUCUUCUUCACAUUCUGUCGUACCUGCCCAAGGAUCUUAAUUUUGUCAAUCACACAAGCUAUAUUGGAUGGAGAGAAUCCCAGAAGUUGAAACCUAUAAUUGUUGAUCCCGGGCUGUACCUUGCGGAGGAUAGUGACGUAUUCUAUGCAACUCAGCAGAGGCCUCUGCCGGAUUCUUUUCGCGUGUUCAGGGGAUCGUCAUAUUCCAUUUUGAGCAGAAAGUUCUUAGACUUCUGCAUCCUAGGUACUGAAAACUUUCCAAGGACGCUGUUAAUGUACUUGUCAAAUACACCAUCUUCCGAUGCUGUUUAUUUCCCCACUGUAUUGUGCAAUUCAAGGCAAUUCAAUAGAACUAUCAUCAACCACAACCUGCAGUAUGUUUCACUGAACUCUAGAAAGGAAGCCCGUGUGCUGAACUCCAGUGACUUCUUAGACAUGAUAAGGAGUGGCGCUGCAUUUGCCUCACCAUUUAAGGAACGUGACCCAAUUCUUGACCAGAUUGAUAGUGAAAUUCUUCACCGUAGUCCUGGGAAACCUGUCCCUGGUGGAUGGUGUUUGGGCAACGGUGAAAGUGGCAGGUGUGCUGUUUGGGGAGAUGCUGAUGUUCUAAGACCAGGUGUAGGAGCAAAAAGGCUAGAAAAACAUUUCAUUGAACUUUUUGCCGGUGGAAGGUUUCAGUCUCAACAAUGCAUAGAGGAGUGACACUCGAAAAAUCAAAGGUUUAGGUGAGGAAGCAGUACAUUGGCAGAAAGUGUUGGAGGAGGAACAUUUGAAAUGAAUUGUUCACUGACUAGAUUCUUCCAAAUUUGUUAUUUAUCAGUUUCAGGCGAAUGAUUCUUUCCCCGCGAAGUCCCAUUUUUGACUUGUAUAUGAGCUCUCGGAAACUACAGGUGUUGUAUAUCAAACACAAGCCGGUCCAUGAGGUGAUUCUCUCCCUAGUCCAAUGUAUCCCAGUUGUCCUUUGUUGUACACGAAAGGCUUCACCCUUUAUCCCGCAAAUGAGCUUUGUGAAAUUACAAAUGUUGUAUAUCAAGCCGAGAUUGAUACUGUAAGGCAAUGGAAUUACUUCCCAUGAUGCUUAACAGAUCUCCCUGCAAUGUGCUUUAAUUUUUUGACUAAAUAUUUGUGAGAUUUUUGAAAUGUAAUUCUGAAAUCAUUUACAUUCGGGUUGUGAUGUACCUUCAUUUUAAUUAAGAUGCUGAAAAUUGAAGAA